AUCAUGCCCCGCUCCGCACUCCUCCUGUGCAUUGCAGCUGUGCCGGAGUCAGCGAGUCUGUCGUGUGUUUAUAAAUUUCUGUAUACACGUCUACAUUUGGCUCACGCCGGUCGCAGGAAUCGCUGCCGUCGGGAUGUCGGGGGAUAUGGAGCAGUUGAAGCAGCGGCUGCUGGUGUCGCAGUUCGUUUUGGCGGCCGGCUGCGCCACGGAGCAAGCGGAGCAACUUCUGCGAGCGGCACACUGGCAGUACGAGACGGCUCUCAGCGCCUUCUUCCAGGAGUCCAACCACCCGUACAUCCCACACCACCAAAUGAUGGGCACCCCCGCCAACACCCCAGCAACACCUCCAAACUUCCCCGAUACCCUCGCCAUGUUUUCCCGGCUCAAGGCCUCGGACGGCGGGUACCUCUCUUCGUUGGCCACGUCCCCCCCUGUCCAGCAGGGCGGCACCGUUGGAAGCUUCUCCCCGGACCCUCGGUGGCCGCAGACUGGCACGGGGCGCCCUGGCCCUGGAGCGGCACAGGGUCCACACAGAUCUGGGGCCACGGAGCCCAACCCCGCGGCGGAGGCAGAGAGAUGAGAAAGGGGGCCGGCCGAGGGCACCCUGGGGCAGAUAGACUUCUCUUUGGGGGCAGAUGAAGCUGCAGAGUAUCGCGUUCUGGAGACAGCGCUGGCAGGCGGACUCUCGUUACCUCGCAUGCCUGCAGAGCAUCGCGCCGGCCGGCAGCCUUCUGCAGAGCAUCCUUCCUCCAGCCAUACCUCAUGCUGCAACGUACACUGGUGCAAAGUAGCUCCUGACCUCAUUAUACCCUUGUCCGGUUACCCCGUGGGGGGGGGAGGGGGUCCGGUACUUUGUAUUUCAGGAUUUCCCGAUCUCUCCCACUUUUUUUUUAAUUGUCGGCAAUAAAAACGUAAAACAGG